CGGUGCAAAGUCUGAGGAACAGUUAGAGGCUUCGCGGCAGGAGAAUGUGUGGUCAGGCCUUGGAACAGCGCCGAGCUUGUGCGAUUGAGUUGCUCGAGAACGACCCCGUUUUGAUGGAACGGGUCCGGGCAAUGCUGCGGGCGGGAGCUAUGGAAAAGGCAGCGGCUAAGGCAGCCGCAGUUGACGGGGCGAACACUCGUGCUCUCCGAGCUUCGCUGCAGGCGCUGAAGCGGCACCACACCAGCAAUAUCGGUCGCAUCGCGUAUACGACGGCACUGGCCGCAACGGCGGGUGCGGGGGCGCAUACGUGUGAUCCAGGCGACCCGUGCCGCCCGGGGGAGCGGUGCGAUUCCGUCGAGCGGGGUGGAGUGAGCUUAGCCGAGCGGGCUAGGAGUCUCGAAAUUCGGUGCAAAACCUUCGUUGAAGCGCGUUCGCGGAUGCACAACACGAACCACGACCUGGCUCCGGAAAAGGCUUUGGCGGGCGGCUACUACAUGUACAGCGAGCGCAAGAAGACUACGAGUGAUGCGACGAACCCCGAGGUCAUGGCUCUCGCCAGGCUGUACUGUCACUCCGACGACGUAUCUCGUCCGACAGGGAAUGGGGAAAUAUGCAACGAGUCCAAGAAGAGCGACGCGCCCUCUCACCCCCGGAGGCAACUCAAGCACAAGGGAGACGACGUGUGGGGGAUGUUCCUCAAGAGCCAGCAGUACCUGGCGCUAAAGGCGAAGCUGCUUGGAAAGGACAGCGAGUUCACCGACCCUGGCAGAACGAGGUUCCUGUCCACGCGGUGUGCGUCUUUGGGUGGGUGACCUCAAGGAUUGCUUUUUGUUUUGCUUGGACGGACAUGAGUUCCCCAUUGGCAAGCAUUUUAAUUUUGCGAGGUUAACAAUGUUGGCCUGAGGUAUUGCGGGUGAGGAAACAAUGCUCACUCCUAUGUUUUCCGUCUGUUCGCUUCUGGCUGUUUCCAUCUCGCGAUGUUGCUUUUCAGUGUAGCCAAGGACGUCGCAGAGUUAGGAGGAAGUGGGGGAGAGGAAGAGCAACACUGUGUAAAGAGAGCACUAACGUAUCC